GAGGAAUGUGGGGCAGAGGGAGCCGGCUCUGGGUGAGACCCUCCAGAAGGACGAUGCGACACCCGCUGUGCCUGGCACCCAGAUGAAGCUGGUGUCCAUGGCAGCCGCGGUGACGGCGGUGGAGCCAGAGCUGAAAUGGGUCUCCCUCUGGCUCCGGGCCCGUUGGCCGGCGGUGCUGGUGGCCCUGCUGGCGGCCCUGCUGGUGGUGCUGCUCCCGGUGCUGCUGCUGGACGGCCAGGUCCAGGCAGCCCUGAAGGGCUGGGCCUUCCUCCGGAGCAAGCUGGGGCUGGGCUACGUGGGCAUCGCCACCUACACGGGGCAGACCACCGAGCUCAGCGUGACCUCCGGCGGCUUGGAGCUAAUGGUGCUGAAGCCCAAAGUAUCCCCAGAGGGCAGAUUGGAAGCCAAAGCGGCGCUACACCAGGCGUUGGAGAUGAAGAGACAAGGGAAGCGUGAGAAGGCUCAAAAGCUCUUCCUGCACGCCCUCAAGAUGGACCCCGACUACGUGGAUGCCUUGACCGAGUUCGGCCUCUUCUCCGAGGAGGAGAAGGACAUCAUUCAGGCCGACUAUCUCUACUCGAAGGCCCUGACCAUCUCCCCCCACAACAAGAAGGCUCUGGUCAGCCGGGACAGGACGUUGCCGCUUGUGGAAGAAAUCGACCAGAGGUUCUUCAGCAUCAUCGACAGCAAAGUCCAGAAGGUCCUGUCCAUCCCCAAGGGCAGCUCGGCCCUGCGGAGGGUGAUGGAGGAGUCCUACUACCACCAUAUCUACCACACGGUGGCCAUUGAGGGCAACACCCUGACGCUUGCCGAGAUCCGGCACAUCAUCGAGACGCGAUACGCCGUUCCCGGGAAGAGCCUGGAGGAGCAGAACGAGGUCAUCGGCAUGCACGCCGCCAUGAAGUACGUCAACACCACCCUCUUGUCUCGCAUCGGCUCCGUCAGCCUGCUCGACAUCCUGGAGAUUCACCGGAGGGUCCUGGGCUUCGUGGACCCCGUCGAAGGGGGCCGGUUCAGGACUACCCAGGUGUUUGUCGGCCACCACGUCCCGCCCCAUCCGCGCGAUGUGGAGAAGCAGAUGCUGGAGUUUGUGCAGUGGAUCAACUCCGAGGACGCCAUGGGCCUGCACCCGGUCGAGUUCGCCGCGCUGGUCCACUACAAGCUGGUGUACAUCCACCCGUUUGUGGAUGGCAACGGGCGGACCUCCCGGCUCCUGAUGAACCUGAUUCUCAUGCAGGCCGGCUACCCGCCCAUCACCAUCCGGAAGGAGCAGCGGGCGGAGUAUUACCACGCCCUGGAGGUGGCCAACGAAGGCGAUGUCCGGCCCUUCAUCCGCCUGAUCGCCAAGUGCACGGAGACCACCCUCGACAUGCUGCUCUUUGCGACCACGGAGCAUUCGGUGGGCCUCCCUGAAGCGCGGGAUGGGGGCGGCGGCGGCGGCAGCAGCAGCAGCGCGGGUUGCAAACAGACCAUCUCGCUCAAAACUCGGACCUGAAGGCUGGUAGCGAAGGGCGCCCCCUGUGGGAGGAGAGCCGGGGAAGCACUUUUUCUGUAGAACAUUUCAUUUAUUUAUGUCUUUAUUAAGUUAAACCGUUUGAUGCAGUGGCCUCUCCAUAUUUAUUACCCCCACCCCCCAAACGGCCCCAAGUAACCUGUCUAAUUUUAUUGCAAAAGGGGACCGGCCAGAGAGCUGCUUCUCUGCCUGGCGUUGUCUGGUCAAGUGGGACUGCUUCAGCUGCAAAAAUCCAAGCCACGGUCAGCUUUCUUGGCUACAGUCAGGUAUGGAAAAUGUGGCCGUUCCUUUACCCGGCCAAGCCUGGUUGAGUUCACUGGUGUCCUUAGCGAACUGACGCAGUCUUGGGGUUGGUUCGGUUUGCUAGUGCAUGGGGAGGAAGUGGGGAAGGAAGCUUGUGUGAAUCCCACAAAGCUGCAGGUUCACCUGCCCCCACCCCCCCGCCCCCAUUUGUCUGUGGCGGUUUCACAUCUAAAACCAAACCAGCUUCCUGCCUGCCAGUGCCUUCAUAGGGACUUGUACUUGUACUGAAUUGUGCCUUAGCUCUUCCCCCAGCACCCUUUCCAGCAGAACCACUCCAGAAGGUCUCCGUUCGGGCCAGAACCUAAAGAGAAGUCUGUGGGCUUUGGUCUAAUCCUUAAAAGCAAGCCAAAAAACAAAACAAAAAUAAACAACUCGUAAGAAACCGAAUACGCAGUAGCGCUGCAGAGUCUUCUGGAAGUUGGAGGCUCCCCCUCUUACCCUCCUAUAACCCACGUUUGCUGGCUGGCUCUGUUGUGAUAUUGUCUGUGGAAAAAGCUUAUCCAGCCUCAAAUACCGAAAGUCGAAGGCUCUUUAAACUCCUCCUCCGAUAGCACUUUAGGUUUCUCCUACUUGGAAUGUACAAGCGUUGCCUGAGAUUUCAAAGG